GGUUUCGGCCGAACCGGAUCAACGAAGUUGGUCUUCGUGUGAUGAGGCAGAUGCUGCAUGCCUCACCCCAUCCGCCACCAGUCACCGGCGCUCCAGGUCCGCGGAAGACAAUGAACCGGAUCACUCGUCCAGUACCGAUGAGGAGGGUGAGGUUGGUGAUGAUGUGGACGACGAAGAUGAGCUCGAGGAUAGAGCGAAUGGCUCCGUCGGGACGCUGUUACCUUGUGGUAAGCGCCGGCGGUCCCCCUCACCUCAACCCGUCAGCUCUAAGACGUUGCGAACUGAGCGGAGCGGGAGCGUCAGUUCUUCGCAUAAGAACACCGCGUCUACCUUUGAUUCACCGCCUGCAACUGAAACUUCGGCCAAGGGGAGUACUGUUCGAGUGGCUUCUGGUGGGGAUAAUUCGCGAUCACGGCAUACAGCUCAUGAUUCCAAAUUAACUACUUUCGGACGUGAUGCUUCGGAUCUUCCUCGUCGCCAGAUUUCUUUAUCACCCCGAGCGUCUAGGCGAUAUCGUGAGGACUCUCGGUUGAUGUCUCCACCGCAGUCCACUUCAACAAAGCAGUCGGGGUCUAGUUCUUCUGAGAAACAACCUCAGUCACGAGUCUCUGUACGGCAGUCUUCGUUUGAGCUCAAACAGAAGGGGCUUCGUUAUGAUCGUUCCCGGUCACCGAGCCAUUCUACGUCAUCCAUUCGACCGAACUCGUCUUUCCGCGCUUACGACUCAAGAGGUCCGGAGUUUAGCCGACUGGAUCGUAAGACGAUAUGCUCUGGUCGUUCGGAUCGUCGGAGCCCACCGCACUCCCGCAACAUUUCAAACACUCGGCGGCCACCUCGAAUUCGUGUUGACUCCGGCCGUGAUGGUCGGUUUCGUCGAAGUCGUCCCCUCUCCCCUCCAAACAGUGCCGGUCGGCCGGCACUGAGUCAUCACCAUCACGGAUCCAUGCGGCCGAAAAUGGGUGGGGGCGGUUUUCAACGCAGACACUUCUGAGGCCACCCCGGCAUUUGUGACCUACCAUGUGGUGACACUAGCCUCUCCAUUUUCCCUGUGUUAUUCAGUUCAGCUUUGUUACUUCUACUACUCGCCCAGCACAUUUUUUCCACUUCGCCGGCCUCGAACUUGUCCCAUUUGUACUCAAUCCGUCGCACACAAUCGCUUCGUCUUGUCGGAGGACUACUGUUAUACGGCCGCUAGUUUAAACUCAUCAUUCCGACAGUUUGAACUACUGUCGUAUUUGCGCUGUGUUUAGCCCCCUUGCGACCACGAUUGCAC